AUGGAAACAAAAGGCAGUCAAAAUAUUUUAACUACUAAUUUGGCGAAUAUUCCAAUUGCAGAAGAUGGUUAUAUUUACAUUGCCAUCAAAGGUUCCUUACAUGCAAAUGAUAGCUCAGUGUUUGGUUUAGGACAGGAAGAAAUAAAGGCAAUUAUUCAGAAAUUUCCAGGUUCUGGCUCAAAUGUUGUAAAUGGAGUGACAAUAAAGGCAAAUGCACUUCAAGCCAUUAAUGCUUUGUGUCAGUUGGGAUAUAAAGUUGUAUGUAGUACUGGAGAAGCUGAGAUUACAUGGACCCUUAAAAGAAAUAUUUAA